AUGAGUAAUGUUCUGUCUGUCAUUCCAGGCCCAAAGUUGUUGAAUCCUGGAAAGCAAAUUCAUGCCCUUUGUUACAAGGCUGGACAUUUGCUUGUUGUUUCUGUUUGCAAUGCAAUAAUUUCUAUGUAUGGGAAAUGUGGAUUGAUGGGUUUUGCCAAGUGUGUCUUUGAUGAGAUGAUUUGUCGAGAUUUUGUUUCUUGGAAUUCUCUGAUAGCUGGUUAUUCUGAGAAUGGGAUUUUUGUGAGGCCAUUGAAAUGUGAUUCCAUGUUGUCUAGUUUAAUAACAUCAUAUGGUAAAUGCAAUGGAAUUGAUGAAUCAAAGAGGGUGUUUACAGAGAUUGAUGAACCGAACGUUUUACUACUUAAUGCCAUGGCAUCAACAUUUGUCCAUUCCAAUUAUCAUUUUGAUGCCCUGAAAUUGUUCCAGGAGGCACAAAGCUUGUCCCUUGAAAUUGACUGUGUAAUUUUUAGCAUAGUUCUCAAAGCUUGUGGCUUGUUAACAGAUCUGGAACUAGGAAGAACAAUUCAUUCUCUGGCUUUUAAAUUUGGAGUUGAUCACGACAUAUUUGUUGAAACUGCUGCAAUCAAUGCUUACUGUAAGUGUGGUAGCAUAGAUGAUGCGGAAAAAGCUUUUAGGGUUAUAUCUAAGGACAAUUUGGCUGCUUGGAAUGCCAUGUUGAUGGGAUAUGCUCAACGUGGUUGCUUCCAUGAAGUUUUUGAUCUAUUCAAGAAAAUGCCUGAAUUGGGAAUGAAACCUGAUGAGAUAACUUACCUAGGAGUUCUCAGUUCAUGUUGCCAUGCAGGGUUAGUGAAUGAAGCACAAUCUCACCUAAACUCUAUGUUUGAAUCUCAUGGGGUGAUCCCAUGUUUAGAACACUACGCUUGUGUGGUUGAUGUGCUUGGUCGAGUUGGACUCGUAGAAGAGGCAAAGAGGAUCAUUGAUCAAAUGCCUAUUUGCCCCGAUGCUCAAAUAUGGCAGAUUCUUUUAUCAGCGUGUAAUAUCCACGGAAAUGUUGAAUUAGGAAAAGUUGCGGCAAGAGAACUUCAGUUACAGCCUGAGAAUGACUCUGCUUAUAUUCUUCUCUCGAAUCUCUAUGCCUCUGCUGGUAUGUGGAAUGCUGUUGGAAGCCUGAGAAAGGAAAUGAAACAAAGAAUAAUCUAUACGGAACCUGGUUCUAGUUGGAUUCAAGUUAGAGGAUCAAUCCACUACUUCAUUGCUGGUGAGGAAUUGCAUCCUGAUGGUAAAGAAGUUUAUAUGAUGCUGCAAAAUUUGAGCAAGCAGAUGAUUCUAGUGCCCGACUCGGAGCAAGACAGCGUCAUCUCAUUUGACCCAUAA